AUGAAAAAAUAUCUAGCUCCAAAUGUUACGGUGAAUGAGUCAAUAAAGGAAUUUACUUUGAAUUUCAUAAAUAUAGAUAAAUCUAUCUAUAAAGGAAAAGCAACACUUGAUAAAGAAAUUGAAAUAGAUAAGAAGUUUAAAAAGUGUACAUGUGACAGAAAUCAUAUGAAUAAAGAUUAUUCAGGUAUAACAAGAAGUUUUUGUAAAAAUUAUGGAAAAUUAUAUCAAUCUUUACAAUCAUGUGGAAAUCCCAAUUGUGUAAUAAAAUUGAAUAGAAUGAAAAAAAAAGCUUCAAAGCUACAAUUAGAAGUUUUUCUUACAAAAAACCGUGGAUGGGGGUUAAGAACAAGAAAUAGAAUUAUGCCAUUUCAAUAUAUAUGUGAAUAUGUUGGAGAAUUAUGGUUAGAAGAUGAGUAUGACAGUAAGGAAAAAGGUUGGUAUUGUUAUGAAGUUCAAGCUAAUGGUAUCACUUAUAUAUAUGAUGCAGAAAAAGAAGGAAAUUUUGCAAGAAUGAUAAAUCAUAGUUGUAGUAACAAUUCUAUUGCAAUUGCUUGUUCUCUAAGAGAUGAUUUGAUAUAUAAAGGUGAAAAAAUUCCUCAAUUGGGGAUUUUUGCUGCAGAUAAAAUCAUAGAACCUGGAGAGGAAAUAUGUAUAAAUUAUAAUGACACAUAUUUUAUUGAUGGUUUUGAUUGUCUUUGUGGUUCUGAUAUAUGCAUUUCAAAAAGAAAAAAAAGACGUCGUUGUAAUGAGUAA